UGGUGAUGAAAAUUCAAGUUUCGCAAUGAAUAGAACUUACCUUCAAUCGUAUUGAGGAUCUUGCAACAAAAGAUAAUAUGACGGAAUAUUCUGUUAAACAGCCACCGCAGUCGUAUAACGGAACGUUCGAGGGAAUAGACUACGGUGUAUUGGUGCCGGCGAAUUCCAGUCCAAGUUCAGUUUCUAACCACUACGACCCUUCGAUGUCUCUAUUAGUCCAAUUCGCCUGGAGCGGAGUAUUCUUGUUUAUGAUCACGACCGCAACUUGCGGGAAUUGCAUCGUUAUUUGGAUUGUGAUAGCUCAUCGAAGGAUGCGAUCGGUUACCAAUUACUUCCUUGUUAAUUUAAGCGUGGCCGAUCUCCUUCUAACCACAUUCAAUUGCAUCUUCAACUUCAUCUACAUGCUUCAAAGAAAUUGGCCGUUCGGUAGUUGGUACUGCACGAUUAGCAAUUUUAUGGCAAAUGCUACGGUUGCCGCAAGCGUUUUCACAUUGACGGGAAUUUCAUGCGACAGAUACUUGGCUAUUGUAUAUCCGCUGCAGCCCCGAAUGUCGAAAUCCUCGUCAAUUUUCACAAUCACUUUUAUUUGGACAGCCAGUUUGAUGCUUGCUAUACCGUGUUUGCUCUAUUCCAGAACAGUGACAUAUCCUGCGAAAGAUAAGCCGAGAACAGGUUGCAUACUGGUGUGGCCGGAUGAAAAGCUUUAUGGAUCCACGUAUGAUUUAUGGUAUCAAAUGAUCUUCUUGCUCAUUACGUACAUCAUUCCGAUGGUUCUGAUGUUGAUUUGCUACACUAUCAUGGGCUCCGUACUCUGGGGAUCCCGUUCGAUCGGCGAAAAAACCCAACGGCAAAUUGACGCAAUAAAAUCGAAGCGAAGGGUGGUGAAAAUGUUCGUCUCGAUCGUCGUGAUUUUCGGCGUCUGCUGGCUCCCCUAUCACGGCUAUUUCAUCUACGUCUACUUCGACACGAAUAUUCUCUUCAAAAAAUACACCCAGCACGUCUAUCUGGGAUUCUACUGGUUCGCCAUGUCGAACGCCAUGGUCAACCCGCUCAUCUAUUAUUGGAUGAAUGGAAGGUUUCGCAAAUACUUCAAAUCAGCCGUGUGCGCCGGGUUAACUUGCAGAGCCCGCAGGAAAAACACAGAAGAAUCGCAGCAUUUCAACGACCGACAAUUUCAGUCGCUUUCAAAAUCAGGUGGUAAUGGAACAAUUAAAAUCCGAGUCACCAGCCCCAGGGACAAAGAGCAGCGGUAUCGUAACGGAAACCCGCUGCAGGAUCAAGCUCCGGUCCGCAGAACGAACAGCGCCGAUUCGGAGAGCUUGAAGAGCAGGAAGUGGUCGGAUCGGUCGCGGAAAAAAAUCAAAAUCACCGAAUUAUAAGUAGUUGAGUGAUUGUUAAACGACAAAAAAACAAAUAAACUUUGUGAUAUUUUCAAUAGCAUCAGAGAUAAUUGAAUUAUAAUCGGCGAAUAGGGCGAGUCGGUUAUAUGUUUAUAUUGAAAGCGGUGUUGUAAUAGAGUAAUUGUGAAUGUUUAUAAAAGAAAAUUCGUCGUGCAUAUUUUACAUUGUUACUGUGUUGAUAAUAUUAAAAAUAAAUUAUAUGUAUG